AUGGCGACAGGGUCUCGCGACGCCUCAGUUCGUGAGGCCAAACUAUUCGUCCGAGAGGUCGUCCGCAAUGACUGGGAAUUUGACACUGAUGUUCCCUCCGCAUCCUCCGCCGACGGUACCCUCUGCCAUAACCGCGAGGUGGUCGAAUGGCGAGUACGGGAAUUCGACAGCCCAACUUCGGAGCUCGAGGCGCAGAACUCGGAUACAGAGGACGAUGAUGAUCCGUCCGCGACUGUAGGGGAUGUCGCAAUCGAGCGCCGUCGCAAACGUCGUCGCCAGAUGGACGAGGAAAUGGCUUGGAACGCGGGUCUGCGCGUGUGGAUGGCUAGGCGCAAUGCAUGGUCUGGAGCUAAGACCCGGCGGCAGAUACGGGCCGAGGAGGAAAAGCGUGCCUUGGCUGGGCAGGCGGACACAACAGAUCAAUCGGAUACCGCUACAACUUUGCCUGGUCGAAGCACCGAGGCUGUUGGCGCAUCCGAUCUGGCGAUGAAAACAGAGACGUCGCUCUCUAUUCAGGACCAGGAGAAGAGUGAGGAGCUUCAGCGCCCAGCGGAGACGUCUGGGCAGCAAGCGGAUCUUGAGGAAGGGCAAUCCGUCACCCUAGACGAGGAGGCCAAGCCCAAUGCUUCUAUGGGAACAAAUAUCACAGACCCGGAUCAUGUUUCCACGGAUCCUAGUCGCCUGGCCACACUCCCUGCCGUGGAAGACCAAACAGAAGAGGAAAAGGAAGAAGAAGAGCUCGACGAGCCACUCCUGCCAGUUGCACCUCCCUUCAUUUCUGACGAGAACCCUGUCCGCGCAACCAUCAACCCCGCAAUCUACCCAUCAAUCUACACUAAAGUGGUUGUACAAGGCAUGACACCCACAGUGCCUGUCAACCUCGCCCAUUUGACCAAGGCUAUGGUUCAAGGCUGGAAAUCAGAUGGCCAGUGGCCACCCAAGCCAGCGGCGACAUCAAUUGUCCUCGCAGAUGACGCCACUGUACCCAAGAAGUCGGACCCCCCUGCCAAUGACGCCCCCCAGGGGAGAAGAAAGAACAGUAUUACAAACGCGGUGAAGAAGGUCUUCCAUUUUGGGCCCUUCCACCGACGUGGUUCGAGCAGUCAUGAUGCUGGGAACGGGGCUGGCGCUGCUGGUUCCGCUGUUUAG